UGUGAUAUUUCUCCCCAAGCUCUCCACCCGGGACCCCAACGACAACCCUGCUUGGCAACAGUGGAACGACCAGAGGAUGACAGAACCAAGAUGAAGAACAGGCAGAAGUCGAGAAGCGGCUGUCGGACUUGCAAGGUCAGGCGGCUAAGGUGUGAUGAGACCAAGCCCGGGUGCCAAAACUGUGCCCAAAAAGGGUACGACUGUCCAGGCUACCAGCAGCGGCUCCAGUGGUCCACCAAGCACGAGAGACCGACAACAACAAACACCAGCGGCCCCGCAAACUUUACCCAGCUCGUCACCGCUGCCUCCGAGUCGAUCGCCUCGACGCCCACGACCGCCUCCGAAAGCCCCAGCCAUGAUGGAACUAAGGCUUCGCUCAUGGUUCCGGUCCCCACUGGUAGACUCGGGCUCCCUGGGACUUCUCUUCCCAUGUCAGCAUCGGCGUCGCUAUCGGCGUCCGCAUCACCCUCGUCGACAACUUCAUCCCCACCGUCGUCAACGCCGUCUCCCCCGACCCAGUACGAGGACCUAGUAGCCAGCGCCGAGAGCUAUGCCAGCUUGAUUCCCGUGCUCUCCCCUCGGGCAGGCCCCAUGGUGCCUGGGGGGGGCGCAGGGUCUCCGGACGAGCCUGACCUGGCACGCGAAUUGGCCAUGUACCAACCGGUGGUCGACAUGCCGACUUUUCUGAUCGAGCACUGGUUUAAAUCGGUCUGCCCCUCGUGGUCGGCCCUCGACUCUCCGACUAACCCGUAUCGGCUGCUGACAGAAGGCCUCUGGCAAAGCUCGGAUACCGUCUUCUACGCCCUGCAAGCGAUAUCCGCAGCCUCUCUUGUUGAGCGGCUCCCGCACGUCAUGAAAGACACGGCCAGGUUUGCGCCGCGCAACGCCUUUCAGGCAAUCGGAAAAGAACUCGACGCGUUCCAUAACGGCGGCCGGCCGGGAUUCCCCACAGCGCUCCUCCUCUCCCUCUUUUGCAUGAGCUCGUCCAUGUGUUGGUUGGAGGCCCGGCAGCUCGGACAACAAUCGGUGAGAGAGGCGCGGAAGGUGCUGAGGCGGUUAAAUACACGGAUGUUGGACAGCAGCUCCCAAGGCCAACUCGACUUCUUCAAUGGGUGUCUCGUCUACGAGGAGAUGCUUCGCAGCGUUGUCAGCGACGAGGAGAUCGAUUUCAAGCACAUGCUCAGCUGGCCAGAGCCGACGACCCAAGGGCCCCUCCUACCCACAGUCCCACACCAAUGGAGCGGCGUCUCUUCCGACAUUCUAAGGUUAUUUGGCAAGGCAAUAGCCCUUUGCCGGAGAUCCCGUGUCCGGUGGAGGCUCAACGGUGGAACGAGCUACCGGAUCCUCGAAGGCGCAAUGAGGGACAUCAAGGAAGCGACGAAAGUGGAGGAGUCGUUGCUGUCGAUUAUUAUCCCGGGGCUCCCCGGAUGCCCUCAGCCUUCACAGACAACCAGCUCUACCGAGGCCUUGCAUUAUCUGAGUGAGGCGUACCGCUUAUGCGCGCUCCUGCAGCUCUACGAGACAUUCCCGGAUCUAAGCCUCAAGCGAAACCCGAACCUUAAGGACGCCGAUGUUUCCUUGAUUUGGCAAUCAUGGGCGUCUCCUCAGGUCUUACACGUCAUCACCAAGGUGCUCGGCAAGGUCGCACCGGCAAGUCUGAGCUGCAUUCAGCCCCUUCUCUGUCUCUGUGCGGGCAGCGGUCUGAGAUACGAAACGGGCAGCAAAGUCCCGCUACGGAGCGGGAACGAUAAGUACUUACUAAACACGGAUGUCAACACACCAACCGCACCGGCCCCUGGUGCCACGGAACCCGACUUUCAACUGCCUGACGCUGGGAUCUCUAAGAACGCGAUCAAAAUCUCCGAAGCGCGCUAUCUCAUCAUGAGCAGGUUAGAUCAACUCGAGAUCUGCCUGCCCCCCAAACCGAUCGGCGUGGCAAAACAACUUAUGCGCGCUGUUUGGAGCGCGUAUGAUGAAGAGAUUGGACUCCCUCGCCGGACCCACUGGCUCGAUGUGAUGAGUUCCACGGGGCUACACAGUCUGUUUGGUUGACGACUAUCACAACUCGAGGCCCUGGGGUCACGGAUACGGGCCGCCCCCGGGGACUUCCGGAUGUGUCCCGCCGACAAUCACCGCUGCUCAAACAGGGAUCUGCACGCGAGCACCUGUCGAGCGAGGAUACGCUUGAUCGUCG